UCAACCUGAGAGGACACCGUUGUUAAGUGACAGAAAAAUUGUGACCUAUUUCUAAUACCGCUCUGUAAGACAGUGCUAUAUAAGGAUGUCUAAAUUGACGGUGACAAAUUUUAGCAAGAAAGCUGGCAGCCCGUUUCAGAAACCGAAAGACACUCAAGGGGAUAUAAUCGUCGUACAUGAAGAAAUACAGAAAACAGCCAAAGAAAUACAGAAAGAGAAACAAAAUGAAUUAUUGCAGAAAGUUAACAAGAAAGCUGCUGAAUAUCAAGCUCAUAAACCCAGCUCUGGAGUGUUCACUGAAGUGGUGACACAUGGUGCAUUUACUUCUAAAACAACAAAUAAAGAAAAACUUAAAGUAGAAACUGCUUCAUCACCGACCAAGGCAGGUAAUGGUACAAAUGGUUCUAAACUACUGGGAUUCCCAUCGUCAGCAAAUGAUUUAGCUUUAGAUGCUAAAACAGACUUAGAAUCAGAUCCAAACAUUUCCAAAGAAAUGAAAGAAAAGGUAAUCGAAAAAUUAUUUACUCUAGUCUCAAUGGUACAACAUAUGUACGAGUCGAAGGUCCGAGUGAUGACAGAAUUUGAAAAGUUUAAGGAUACGCAUUUGAAGAGUGAAUUAAGAAGAGAGAAGGAACAUUCUGAACAGUUGUAUAAAUUAAAUAUGAACUUUCAAAAUGAAGUCAUUCAGUCGAUGCAAAGAUUAAGAAGUGAAUUGGAUAUAUCGAGAAAUGUCUUAAAAGAUGUUGAGGAAAAUAAUAUUAGUUCAGAAAAGACAGAUAGUUCUAUAGAAUUUAGUGCGUCUGAAGACAAUCAACAGUCUCAAGAUAAAAUCACUAAUGAAGAGGAUAUAAAACAAAACUCAGAGGAAGACAAUUCCGUGGCGGAAACUAUUAGCAGUAAUGCGUGAAUUCAACAGGUUAAAUUUAUUAUUUAUUGUUAAUAUAGUUUAAUUAGA